AUUUCACACAUUUGCAAAUUGCAAUGGCAAUUCUCAAUAAUGUUUUCUUUGUGUUAUUGUGUUUGGGCAUUUGCUCCGCUGCCAGAACACUCAUCACUAUAGACCAUGGGAUGGGUGGUACUGCUGCCGGGGGUUCCGGUGGAGGUGGAAGUGUAGGUGUAGGUCUAGGUGGAUAUGGAGAAGGAGCUGGUGGAGGUACCGGUGCUGGAUAUGGUGCUACCGGUGGUGGCCACGGUGGUGGAGGAGGAAGCGGCGGUGGCGGAGGAGGUGGUGUUGACGGUGGAGGAUAUGGAGGAGGCGCAGGUAAAGGAGGUGGUGAAGGGUAUGGUGAAGGUGGAGGGAGUGGUGGUGGAUAUGGUGGUGGUGGUGGUGGUGGAAGUGGUGGAGGUGGUGGUUAUGGUGGUGGAGGAGAGCAUGGUGGUGGUUCUGGUGGAGGAGAAGGAGGUGGAGCUGGAGGGGGAUAUGGGGCUGGUGGAGAACAUGGCAUUGGGUAUGGAGGAGGUGGUGGAAGUGGUGGAGGUGGUGGAGCUGGGUAUGGUGCGGGAGGAGCUCAUGGAGGUGGAUAUGGAAGUGGUGGUGGCGGUGGUGAAGGAGGAGAGCAUGGUGGUGGUUAUGGGGGAGGUCACGGAGGUGGAGCCGGUGGAGGGUAUGGUAAUGGUGGAGAACAUGCGGGUGGUUACGGUGGCGGUGAAGGAGGUGGAGCUGGUGGAGGCUAUGGUAACGGGGGAGAGCAUGGUGGUGGUUAUGGGGGUGGUGAAGGAGGUGGAGCUGGUGGAGGGUAUGGUGCCGGUGGAGAGCAUGGCAUUGGGUACGGAGGAGGUGGUGGAAGUGGAGGUGGAUAUGGAAGUGGUGGGGGUGUUGGUGACGGUGGUGGAGGAGCAUAUGGUGGUGGCGGGGGCAGUGGCGCUGGUGGAGGAGGUGGGUAUGGGGCAGGUGGGGCACAUGGUGGUGGUUUUGGAGGAGGUGGCGGAAGUGGCGGAGGCCACGGUGGCUAUGUUCCCUAA